GGGGAGGGGCGCACAGGUAACGUUACCUGCAGCCACACCUGCGUGUCAAAGUUGCUCCAGUCCGGCUGAGGAAGACUUCCUGACAGACGCCGAAGGUGAGUUUCUACCUGUUUGGGUUUAAACCAGGGCUGUUCUCCAGGUGUUCUCCAGGUGUCUCCUGUUUCACUCAACUCCAGUAUCAGCAGCUCUCUGAAGGGAAAGAGAGGCACUUAAAUCCUUAAAUCCCAGAGUGGAGGACAACGACACACCUAGUAGCAGCAGGACCACAGGACGAGACACCUGGAGAACACCUGGAGAACACCUGGGUGCGGAGAACCAGGAAGACCAGCUCCUCUUCAUCAGUCUGUUUUCCUCGUUAAUCUUUCAGAGGUUCCUCCUCCAGUAGAGGAAAAGUUAUUGGGUCAGAACCGAGGAGAACCUGCAGUUGAACUGGAAUGUUGUGUGUGGGUGUGGUGCGUUUACCUGCACAGGUGUGUCUUCUCUCUGUGGUUUUGCUGCUGAGCCCAGGGACUUCCUGGUUCUUCUGUGUGAGCUGAAGGAACCGGGCCAAACCGGGCCGGGCCUCUGCCUGAACUCGGAUGGGUCUGGAGCUCAUCCAGAACCAGCAGGUCCAGUUGAAAAUGGACCCACAGCAGAGAACAGAGAACUUCCUGUUGUUACCUGUCUGCUCUGAGCCAAUCAGGUUUGACCUCCUUCCUCUUUCUAAACGGAUCCAGACUGCAGGUUCCGCUGGGCCCGGUUCUGAGACACAUUGGUUCUGGUGAUGAAUCUUGACCAAUCUGUGAUCUACUCACAUGAGAGUUCUGGUUCUGGUCCAAAUCGGCCGGAACACAACCACCCCUGGCAGCAGUUGCCAUGGUUAUGGUCACAUGAUCUCAGGUGUUUUUGUUGCAGCACUUAAGGAGCAAAGUUAGCAUGCGGGUGCGCUCCAUCUUAAAGCUGGGGAGACGGUGGGUGGGGUUAGUUCAGCUUCCUCUGAGGGUCAGGCCAGAGGGUCAAGGGGUCAGUGUUCCCCGGGCCUAACCGGUGAUGUUUUCUGCCCCGCCUGCUGUAGGUGACAUCAUGGUGUUCCAUCCUGAGUUUGAGCGAGCAGGUAAAGAGGCGGGGCUUCAGGUGUGGCGAGUGGAGAACAUGGACCUGGCUCCUGUCCCUGAGAGUCUCUAUGGACGGUUCUACACCGGAGACGCCUACCUGGUUCUGAGCAGCACCAGCAACCGCCGAGGAGACCUGCAGUACGACCUGCACUACUGGCAAGGUUCCGAGUGCUCUCAGGAUGAAAGCGGCGCCGCUGCCAUUCUUGCUGUUCAGAUGGACGACUUCCUGCAGGGGGCACCGGUCCAGUACCGAGAGGUCCAAGGCCAUGAGUCCGGGACCUUCAGUGGAUACUUCAAAACGGGCCUGACCUACAUGAAAGGAGGCGUGGCCUCAGGGUUCAAUCAUGUGGUGACCAAUGAGGUGGAAGUUCAGCGGUUGCUCCAGGUCAAAGGUCGCCGUGUUGUCAGGGCAACAGAGGUUCCUGUUAGCUGGGACAGUUUCAACCAGGGAGACAGCUUCAUCCUGGACCUGGGACAGGUGAGGACACCUGGGGGACAGGUGAGGACACCUGGGGGACGAUUAAACCUUCUUUUGAUCCAACAGGAAAUCAUCCAGUGGUCCGGCUGCCAUAGUAACAGAUUUGAGAAACUGAAGGCCACUUUGGUCUCUAAGAGUAUCCGUGACAACGAGAGGUGUGGGCGGGCCAACCUCCAGGUUGUCGAUGAGGGGGCGGAGCCAGACAGGAUGAUAGAGGUUCUGGGAGAAAAACCGGACCUCCCCGAGUCCCACAGCGAAGACACCCAGACCGACGCGUCCAACAGGAAGGUGGCGAAGCUCUACAAGGUGUCCAAUGCCGGCGGGGACAUGGAGGUCACCCUGGUGUCGGAGCAGAACCCGUUCCCCCAACACGCCCUGGAGUCCAGCGAGUGCUUCAUCCUCGACAACGGAACCAACGGACGCAUCUUUGUCUGGAAAGGUAAGGACGCCAACGACGCCGAGCGGCAGGCUGUCCUGCAGAACUCCGAGAAAUUCAUCCAGCAGAUGGAGUACCCACCUUACACCCAGGUCCAGGUCCUUCCUCAGUCCGGGGAGACUCCUCUCUUCAAGCAGUUCUUUAGGAACUGGAGGGACGCUGAAGACACCGUCGGCAUGGGAACGGCCUACGUCUCCAACAAGGUGGCAAAGAUUGAGAAAGUGCCGUUUGACGUGUCCAAGCUGCACCAAUCGGACUCCAUGUCGGCGCAGUACGGGAUGGUGGACCGAGGAGACGGAGACAAAAAGAUCUGGAGGGUCGAAGGGUCCGGUAAGGUUCUGGUGGACCCAGCUACCUUGAGUCAGUUCUACGGCGGCGACAGCUACCUGAUCCUGUACCAGUACCAACAUGGCGGCAGGCAGGGCCACAUCGUCUACAUCUGGCAGGGGGCGGAGUCGAGUCAGGACGAAACCGCGGCAUCGGCCAUUCUGGCCGUCGAGCUGGACAACGAACUGGGAGGCGGAGCAGUUCAGGUGAGGGUGGUCCAAGGCAAAGAGCCUGCCCACAUGAUGAGCCUGUUUGGAGGUCAGCCGAUGGUGGUGUACCAGGGCGGCACCUCCAGGGAGGGCGGCCAGUCCGCCGCCGCCGACACCCGCCUGUUCCAGGUGCGGUCCAACCCAGCUGGAGACACCCGGGCUGUGGAGGUGAGACCAGCAGAACCCGGACGGGUGGGCCCGUCCUCGUCCCGCCUGAACUCCAACGAUGCGUUCCUGCUGGCGGCAGCCGGGGGGGCGUGGCUGUGGAAGGGGCGGGGCAGCAGCGCGGCAGAGGCGAAGGGGGCCGAACACCUGGCCCAGGUGCUGCAGGUGAACCCUGCCCUGCUGGAGGAGGGGGAGGAGCCAGACGGGUUCUGGGCAGUUCUGGGUGGGAAGGACGACUACUGCAGUGCCCCUCGGCUCAGCAACAAGAUGGACGCCCAUCCGCCACGCCUCUUCGCCUGCUCCAACAAGACCGGCACCUUCCAGAUGGAAGAGGUUCCGGGAGAACUGACCCAGGAUGACCUGGCUCCUGAUGACGUCAUGAUCCUGGACACUUGGGACCAGGUGAGUCUUCCUCGCCGCCGUCACCAUGGAAACCAGGUUCUGGCUCCACCGGCGGCUCACCGUGUCCCCCGGCAGGUGUUCGUUUGGAUCGGGAACGAGGCCCACGAGGAAGAGAAGACGGAAGCUGCCGCAACAGCUGAGCGCUACAUCAGAACCGACCCGGCCGGCAGAGACCCGCGGACCCCCAUCGUGACCCUGAAGCAAGGAUUUGAACCACCAACCUUUACCGGUUGGUUCCUGGGCUGGAACCACGACUACUGGAGUGAGGACCCACUGGAGCGCUUCCUGCAGGCCCUGUGACAUCACUUCCUGCUUAGUCACUUCUUGUUUACACUGCAGCAGAGCGAAUAAAGCCCAGAGUGACCCAGUUA